ACUCUUUUUUUAUUACACGGAAGCGACGGAAACGGAAGCAACAUAAAGUGUGUUGCUUGCUACCUUACCUUCAUCAUCCAGUCUAUUGCGGAAGAGGACUAAACGGGAAUAUAAUGUUCAAAAAUACAUUCCAAAGUGGAUUUCUUUCUAUAUUAUAUAGCAUAGGUAGCAAACCUCUUCAGAUAUGGGACAAAAAGGUGAGGAACGGUCACAUCAAGCGGAUUACUGAUAAUGACAUUCACUCAUUGGUGUUGGAGGUGGAAGGGACGAAUGUGAGUACUACUUAUAUAACUUGCCCAGCUGACCCCAAGAAGACAUUGGGCAUCAAGUUGCCGUUUCUUGUGAUGAUCAUCAAAAACCUAAAGAAGUAUUUCACCUUCGAAGUCCAGGUGUUGGAUGAUAAAAAUGUUCGCCGGCGGUUUCGAGCAAGUAACUACCAGAGUACGACGCGAGUGAAACCGUUCAUUUGCACCAUGCCAAUGAGGCUCGAUGAUGGCUGGAACCAGAUUCAGUUUAACCUGUCAGACUUCACCAGGAGAGCCUACGGAACCAAUUACAUCGAGACGCUGCGUGUGCAGAUUCACGCUAACUGUCGUAUUAGGAGGGUGUAUUUCUCAGACAGACUCUAUUCUGAGGAUGAGCUCCCAGCAGAGUUUAAGCUCUACGUCCCUGUCCAGAGUCAAAAAGCCAAGUAGCGGUCUUAAACAAACAUGCACAAUUUCUCCAGACCUGAUGCAUGUUUGAUUUGUAUGAUUUUGUAUGUGUGAGUGUAGUCAUAUUAUUAUUAUUAUUGUGCUGUUUGUAACAAGAGUGCUUGUUUUCCUAUUUUCAAUAAAGUACAAACCAGGU